AUGGCCCCGGAAAACAUCAAGUUGGCUGAUUACCUGUUCACCCGCCUACGCCAGCUGGGUGUCAACACUGUCUUUGGCGUUCCGGGAGACUAUAACCUCCGUUUGCUGGACUUUGUCGUGCCUGGGGGGCUGCACUGGGUGGGCAAUUGCAACGAGCUCAACGCCGCCUAUGCGUCUGAUGGAUACUCCCGUGUCAAUGGCCUGUCUGCGCUGAUCACGACAUUCGGUGUCGGUGAGCUGUCCGCAGCCAACGGCAUUGCCGGAGCUUAUGCCGAGAGGUCGGCCCUUGUUCACGUCGUCGGGACCCCGCCGCGGCCGCUGCAGAGCUCGCGCGCAUUAAUACACCAUACUUUCUGUGACGCCGAGUAUGGCCGCUUCUCUGCUAUGGCAAAGCACAUCACUGCCGCCCAGGUAUCCCUAUCAGAUUCGCUGUCCGCGCCGGACAAGAUCGAUUGGAUCCUGCAGCAAGCACUCAUUCAUACCCGUCCAGUCUACAUUGAGCUGCCUGAUGAUAUGCCCGAUGUGCUUGUACUGGCAGCAAAUCUUCAGUCUCCUAUCCGGGUACCGACAGGCCCCGGCCCAGUCCUUGAAUCUAAUGUUUUAACCCGCAUCUUGGAGCGAAUGUACAGUGCAAAAAGGCCAGCCAUCUUUGUAGAUGGCGAAAGCAGAGCUCUCAGGAUCUUGGAACAGCUGGAUACCCUCAUCACAUCUACAAAAUGGCCAACUUGGACAUCUGUUUACGGCAAAGGUCUCGUCAACGAGUCCCACCCAAACGUAUACGGAUUGUACGCUGCAGGAUUCGGGGACCAGCUGUCCAAGGAAUACUUCGAGUCUGCGGACUUGAUUCUUACAUUUGGACCACACUACAGCGAUACAAACAGCUAUUCCGGUGCUACUAUCCCUAAAGCCGUGGCGGCAAUUACAUUCAAGCAUAGCACCAUCCAGAUCAAGGACGAUGUCUACCGUGAUAUGUCUCCCAGUAGCGUCCUGACACAGCUACUUCAGUCUCUCGACACCAACCGCCUAGUCAAAGCAACUGGACCAGCCAAGCCAGAGGUCACUACCUCUGAUAUCAAGGGUACCGACAUAAUUGCUCAAAAGAACUUCUACCGCCUUGUAAACCCGAUCUUUCGCGAGGGCGACAUCAUCCUCACUGAGACAGGGACGGCUGCCUAUGGCGGCCGCUCAUUCAAGCUCCCUCCGAAAGCCCGCCUUUUUGGCGCAGUCACCUGGCUCUCUAUCGGCUUCAUGCUUCCCGCUACAUUGGGCGCUGCCCUGGCAAAGAGAGAAGAAAACCAGGCCAGUGGCAGAAACAAUCAGACCGUGCUCAUCAUCGGAGAUGGCAGUUUGCAGAUGACGGCGCAGGAGAUCAGCGUCAUGAUCAAGGAAAAGCUUAACAUCCUGAUCUUCAUCAUUAAUAAUGAGGGGUACACCAUCGAGCGUGUGAUCCACGGACGGAAGCAGCCCUACAACGAUGUGCCUUUCUGGCGGCAUACGCAAGCACUAAACUACUUCGGUGCCGAUAACGACCUAGUCUCGAAUAACACCUUUACUGUAAAGACGUGUGCGGAGCUGCAGGAGGUUCUGAAGAAUGAUCGGGUGCGUAGUGGGCAGGGUGUUCGGAUUGUGGAGGUGCUCAUGGAGAGGGAAGAUGUACAGGGGCCAUUGCUGUACAUGUUGAACAAGCAGAAGACCGAGGAGCAGCAGCAGCAGCAGCAGCAUCAGCAGUCAAAUAACUAG